UCUCUGUUCCUCAUCAAUAAGUGAAACAGCAGUCACUACAGGCUACUUUAAAUUUCUCCGCAUUAUGACGAUCUACCGUCAACUACGAAAUAACGCCUUGAAGUUCCGGGAAAUGUCGAUCAGCUUACUGGUGUGAAAAAAAGGACAUAAACUCUGGAGGAGAAGGAGCAUCUUUGAACACCGUUAAAGUAGUUGUUGUUGGUAAACUGAUUGUAAUGUUUGGUGGUGUUUAGAGAAAUAUAGCGAGUUGGACAUCAAUGGUGUGGAGAUUUAUGGAAAACGAAAUCUAUUGUGAAGUUCGAAAAGAAUUUUCUUCGUCCUGUGAAAAGCCGCUCGUUGGUUAUGUUGCCAUGUUUUAUGUGUAAUACUAACAGCACAAAGUCGUCGUGACAUCCAGAUAUCAGUUCAUUGCAGUUAUGGCCAACAAGAAGAGGAAGAAGGCAACACUUACAUUAAGUACGUGAUCUACACCAAAUUGUGUGGUUCAUAUGCUGCGUGCUGACGCAUGACAUGGAACUUUUAUUUUCUUAUCAGAUAUAAAUUAAACAGCAAGAAAAAUGCUCGAAUAUGAGAAUCAGAUGUUUCUGGAUGUAUUGCACCAGGAUGGACUUGUAAUUACGGCUAAAGGUCUUGGUUUGGAAACUGUGUUCAUUAGUUUGUUGAAAGUUUAUUGUGACCCAGGAAAUUUAGUUAUAGUCCUUGGCACAAUUACGAAAGAAGAAGAGUAUUUUAUUUCCGAACUAAAGGCCGAUGGUGUGACGCCUAUUCCGAAAAUUAUUACUACCGAAUUUCAGGCAGCAGAAAGAGAGAGACUGUAUUUGGAGGGUGGUGUCCUAUUCGUGUCUCCACAGAUAUUGGUUGUAGAUUUGCUAAAAGAACGGAUCCCGAUUGCGAACGUCACAGGUUUUCUGGUUUUCCGCGCACAUAACAUUUUAGAAACAUGCCACGAGGCCUUUGCAGUUCGCCUCUAUAGGCAAAAGAAUAAAACUGGGUUCAUAAAAGCUUUUUCAAACUCAGCGCAGGCGUUCACGGUCGGUUUUGCCCAAGUGGAACAUAUUAUGAAGACGCUGUUUCUCUGUAACUUAUACUUAUGGCCACGAUUUCAGUCAACAGUAAAUACCAGUCUGACAAAGUAUAAACUCGACGUCAUAGAACUGCAUGUUACUAUGACACCAGCAAUGCUUCAGAUUCAGGCUGCAGUUUUAGAUUUAAUAAGUAUUUCAAUAAAAGAGUUGAAGAAUGGAAAUUCAAGCCUCGAUCUAGAUGAGCUUACAACAGAAAAUGCAAUAGCAAAAUCUUUCCACAAAAUUCUUCAGAAUCAGCUUGAUCCAGUGUGGAAUCAGUUGAGUGGAAAAACAAAACAGUUGGUUGCUGAUCUCAAAACCCUUAGGUAUAUUUUAAUCUCAUUGACUCGUUGUGAUUCAGUAACCUUUUAUUCUAUAAUAAAUACUAUGAGGCGCACUGAAUAUGCACUCAAAAGUUCUGGUUGGUUGCUCCUUGAUUCUGCUGAGACAUUGUUCCUUGUUGCAAAACAGAGAGCACAGGCAAUCGUAAAGAGCAAAGAUGAGAACUCUUCGGAGAAGGAUGCAGUCGUUGAUCCUGAACAAGUGCCCAAAUGGCAGGUAUUGUCAGAAAUUUUGAAAGAAAUCGACGAGAAUAUUAGAAAAGGCCCACGAUCCUCACAGUCUGAGAAGAUAUUAAUUUUGGUGAAUGACAAACAAACCUGCGAACAACUGAAGCAGUACUUAGUUCUUGGUGGGAAGACUAUGUUGCUCCAUUUAUAUCAGAAAAUUUUUAAGUGUAAAGUACCAAAGUUCACUGAAGCUGCAGCAGAAGUUAAAGAAGAAAAUGAAGAAGAUGUGGAAAUGAAUAUCAAUACAAGUCAGGAGAUUGGUGGAGAUUCAGAGCCACGUGAUUCCUACAUGUUGUCUCAGAAAGUUAAAAGUGAAAAUGAUGGUCCAGAAUCAGAUGGUCAGUAUGUGGAAUUAGAUGAAGCUUCCCAGCCAUCAAAUGAAAGUGAAUAUUACCCACCUGUAAUAAUGAUUCAGCCAUUCAAGAAAAAUGGAGAUCCUCUUUCCCUUGUAAAGACUUUAAAAGAACACAAACCAAAAUUUGUAGUUAUGUAUGAUGCUGACAUGACUGCAAUACGCCGUUUGGAGGUUUUCCAUGCCACUUUUUCAGAAGUCAAUGUUGUUGUGUAUUUCGUUUUGUACGGAUCAUCAGUGGAAGAACAAGCUUAUUUGACAACAUUGCGACGGGAGAAGGAAGCAUUUGAAUAUUUGAUUAGAACUAAAUCCACAAUGGUUAUUGCUGAAAAUCAGAGUGGUUUGAGUGACGACAAUCCUCACCUGGCACGGGACAGCUCCAAAGCUAAUGAAACAGUCAAUACAAGAAAGGGAGGAAUAUUAAUGAAACAGGAAGAGAAAAAAUCAAAGCCAACAGUCAUAGUUGAUAUGAGGGAGUUCCGCAGUGACCUGCCUUCGCUCAUCCACAAACGAGGUAUUGAAAUUGACCCUGUUACUUUGCAUGUUGGGGAUUACAUUCUUUCUCCUGAUAUUUGUGUAGAGCGCAAAAGCAUAAAUGAUCUGAUCGGGUCUUUAAAUUCUGGUAGACUAUACAACCAAGCUCUUACGAUGACACGCCACUACAAGAAACCAAUGCUGUUGAUAGAAUAUGAAUUGAAUAAACCUUUUGCCAUGCAAGGUCAGUAUUAUUUGAGUGACAGCAUGUCGUCAAAUGACGUAUGUGCGCGGCUCCAGUUGCUUACUCUGCACUUUCCAAAGCUGCGUAUUGUUUGGUCUCAGAAUGCUUAUGCAACAGCUCAGCUGUUUGAGGAGCUUAAGCAAGGCCAACCUGAACCAAAUUCAGAAACAGCAGUUGCAAUUGGGGCUGAACUGGAACAAGAAAUUGACUUGGACCGCUUUAAUCCAGCAAUUCAUGAUUUCAUAGCUAAGUUGCCAGGUGUAAAUUCAAAAAACAUACGGAAGUUGCUUAUUUAUGGCAGAUCACUGGACCAUUUGCUUUCACUCUCAAAAGAUGAGCUUCUAAAAUUGGUGAAUAACAGUGGAGAGGCAGAGAGCCUGUACAAUGCAUUGCAUAAAAGUUACCAACCUACAGAAGAUUCAAAAUCUACCAAAAGGGGAGGAAAGUCCUUCAGAGGUAGAGGAAGAGGCAUUUCAUUUAAAAAGAAUAGAACUUGAGUACAAUUUGUUUUUACUGUUCGAAUUUAUGCUUCUAAAUUUUGUAAACAUGUGCUAUUUCAUAUCAUAUGGUACGAAUUUAACAAAUGUUAUGUCAGAAGAAAUUAUUAUGUGUGCAGCAGUAUUAAUGAAUUGGCUACACAGCUACUAUGAUGUUCAUAAAUUACAACUCACACAAGUAUGACACAACAGUACUUUCUUUUUUAAAUAUUUUGUGAAUUCCUUUGUUAUUCUUCAGCAGAAAGAACUUUGUGACUCAAGUUUUGCGAGUUAGGGGACUGCACAAUCUCACCAUAUAGGCCUAAGUAUAGCAAUCCAUAUACAAGUGAUUUUAAGGCACAUGGAGUUUCCAUUUAUUGUAACAUGCUAGUUUGUGCUCCAUGUUUGAUAAAUGUGUAACAGGAGAAAGAUUGCUACAACGAAUCUGUGUGCUAUUUUGUUUGUAAAUAAAGACCUGUUUGUAAAUAUUGCA